AUGAUCAGGAAGACGUGUUUAAAUCUACCAUUAGAUGCACAGUACAUGUCAAAGUUACGGGGAAAUGACGAAUCGGACUUAAAUAUUUGUUCAAGCUCCGACGAAUUGGACGAUUCCGAGGAUGAAGAUGUUCCCCUCGCAACACUUCUCGAGGACAGAAUACCGCUUGCUAGAUUGACGAGACAACUGAGAAUUUUGCCAGAACUACUGCCUGGAAUCGUAGAAGAAACUGAACAAGAAAACGAUGAAUGGACCGCAAAUUUCGCCACACCAGUCGUAAAUGAAUUUACGGGAAAUCCUGGCCCCGCAGCUUUGUUAUUUGCCAACAAAAACGAGAUGGAUUUUUUCAAUCUCAUUUUCCCUCAUCAGUUUUUCUCGGACAUUGCUGCGGAGACAAAUCGAGAUGUAUCUUUUGACGAGGCCAUGAUAGGCUAUACAGGGAGGCUGACAUUCAAACAGUAUGUCCCGAUGAAACUGACAAAGCGGGGCAUCAAGGUCUGGAUGCGUGCUGAUCCUAACAAUGGAUAUGUAAACGAAUUCCAAGUUUACACCGGAAGACAGGGACCGGAUCCAGAACAUGGCCUUGGGGAGAGAGUGGUAUGGGACCUUACACGCCACAUAGCCAGGAAAAACCAUCAUGUGUUCUGUGAUAACUAUUUCACAUCUGUGAAUUUGUUUGAAAGGCUACUGGCAGAGAACACAUAUGCUUGUGGUACUGUCCGUGUCAACAGAAAGGGUUUGCCGAAGGAAGUAACCACAGCAAAAUUAAAAAUCCAGGGUGACAUGGUCCAACGACAGAAGGGGAACCUUGUAGCCACAGCAUGGAGAGAUAAACGUACUGUCCAUGUACUUAGUACAAACAGUGACCCACAAACCACGACGACUGUUACCAGAAAACAGAAAUCGGGACAGUUGAAAGAUGUCGGGUGUCCGGACGUCAUAAAAAACUACACGGCAAACAUGAAUGGC